AUGGCCAGCAGAGGUCCAAGAAUCCAAGCUCUUGACCUCCCAUGGCUACUACAACUUAUUUUCCUCUUUUCAACCUUCAUGAUCAGUUCUUGUUAUUCUCCUCCCUUGAGAAAAAUACCGAGGCUCAGCAUCCUACAAAGACCUAUUACUUUUCGAAACCACAGCAACUCUGUUGCUGUCCGCCACCGUUUCCGGACAUACUUUUAUGCUCAAACACUAGACCACUUCAGCUACGAGCCAGCGAGUUAUACCACCUUUCUGCAGCGUUACAUGGUAAGCUCUAUGCAUUGGAGAGGUGCCCUUGCAGCCGCUCCUAUAUUCGUCUACCUUGGUGGGGAGGAGUCCUUGGAAGAAAGUAUCGGUUCCAUCGGAUUUCUCACCGACAAUGCGCAAAAAUUUGGUGCUCUAAUGGUAUAUUUAGAGCAUCGGUACUAUGGGAAAUCAAUUCCUUCUAGAGAUAACAUGCAAGAUAUAUACAAUACUACCAGUCUAGGAUACCUGAAUUCCGGCCAAGCUCUAGCCGAUUAUGCAGAUAUUAUACUACACUUGAAGAGGAAUUUAUCCGCCGAGGCUUCUCCAGUAAUUGUCAUUGGAGGCUCUUAUGGUGGAAUGCUUGCAGCAUGGUUUCGCCUCAAAUACCCGCACAUUGCUAUGGGGGCAUUGGCCUCUUCCGCCCCGCUUCUUUACUUCGAUGACAUUACACCAUCAGAUGGGUUUCAUUCUGUGGUCUCAGACAACUUCAGGGAAGCGAGUGAGAGUUGCUAUAAUACCAUAAAGAAAUCAUGGUCUGAGAUCGAUAGAAUGGUUCUGGACCAAGACAAUGGUCUUGACAUGCUCACUGAGAAAUUUCGAACUUGCGAACCUUUGGAGGAUGGAGAUGAACUCGAGCUAAAGACCUACUUGGAGAACCUAUAUAUCACUGCAUCUCAGUAUGAUGACCCUCCAACAUAUCCAGUCAGUCAGAUCUGCAACAGUAUUGAAGAAGCAGCAGCAAGAGGAGAUGAUACCAUUGAUCGAAUCGCCUCGGCUGUUAAUAAUUUAACUCGUCCAGGAGAGAAUAGUGGUCGAUGCUUGGAACUAAGUAGCGAACUUCGCCCAUCAGAUGAUACAGUUAAUGGUUUGAACUGGUUAUGGCAGGCAUGUACUGAACUACUAAUGCCAAUUGGUCGAGAAACAAACGAGACUAUGUUCCAGGCAGAACCAUUUGAUGUCGAUUCCUACAGUCGAAUGUGCCGCCAGCUAUAUCAAGGUUCCCGCCUGAGACCCAAUUGGAUCACAACCUAUUAUGGAGGGCAUCAUAUAAGGAUGACCUUGGAGAAGUUUGCCAGUAACAUCAUCUUCUCAAAUGGCCGCCGUGAUCCUUUUAGUGCUGCCGGGGUAUUGACAAAUAUAUCGCCCAGCGUAGUAGCCGUGACAACAUCUCAAGGUUCUCAUUGCUUGGACAUAUUGCCUGCAAGGAUAAACGAUCCCAGAUGGUUAGUUCUGCAGCGGAACAUAGAACUUGGGAUCAUCGCAGGAUGGAUUCGCAACUACUACAACGAUUUGCGUUUCUAUUCUACUGAAAAAUAA